AAGCCAUAUUCAUGUCCAGAAUGUGGGAAAUGUUUUACUGAGAAAUCAAAUCUUGUUCAACAUCGAAGAACUCACACAGGAGAGAAACCAUUUUCAUGUUUAGAGUGUGGGAAAUGUUUUACUCAGAAAUCGCAUCUCGUUCAACAUAAAAGAGUUCACACGGGAGAGAAACCCUUUGCAUGUGCAGUGUGUGGGAAAUGUUUUACUGACAAAUCACAUCUUGUAAAACAUCAAAGAAUUCACACAGGGGAGAAGCCAUUUUCAUGUGGAGAGUGUGGGAAAUGUUUUAAUGACAAAUCGCAUCUUGUUCAUCAUCAAAGAAUUCACACAGGAGAGAAGCCAUUUUCAUGUUCAGAAUGUGGAAAAUGUUUUACUGAGAAAUCAACUCUUGUUCAACAUGGAAGAACUCACACAGGAGAAAAGCCAUUUUCAUGCUUAGAAUGUGGGAAAUGUUUUGCUCAAAAAUCAAAUCUUGCUCAACAUAAGAGAACUCACACAGGAGAGAAGCCAUUUGUGUGUUCAGAGUGUGGGAAAUGUUUUCGUAACAAAUCACUACUUGUUCAACAUCAAAAAAUUCACACAGGGGGGAUGCAAUUUCCAUACUUAGAAAGUGCAGAAUAUUUUACUGAGAAAUCACAUCUUGUUCAACAUCAAAGAACUCACACAGGGGAAACGCCAUUUUCGUGCUCAGAAUGUGGACAUUUUUUUACAAAGAAAUCAUCUCUCGUUCAACAUCGAAGAACUCACACAGGAGAGAAGCCGUUUUGGUGUUCAGAAUGUGGGAAAUGUUUUGCUCAGCAAUCAAGUCUUGUUAAGCAUAAAAGAACCCACACAGGGGAGAAGCCAUUUUCAUGUGCAGAGUGUGGAAAACGUUUUACUCAGCAAUCAGAUCUUGUCAAGCAUAAAAGAACUCACACAGGAGAGAAGCCAUUUUCUUGUUCAGAAUGUGGGAAAUGUUUCGCUGGGAAAACAACACUUCUUAAACAUUUGAGAAUUCACACGGGAGAGAAGUCAAUUCAGAGCAGUAAAUGAUGCAGAUAACACAUCUAUAUAUUCACCAUGUACAUAGGAUAUCUGACAUUUAUACAUAUAUCAUAUACUGCAUCUCCAAACUUGUUACCAAUUGUUAAUAAACGAUUUAUUUUAGAACGUAGUCACCGAUCCGGCGAUGUCAUCACUAGAGUUUACAUGGUAGGAAAAGAUGAACCAAAAUAACGCACAUUCGUAGGAGGAAAAAGGGAUUGUCCCAAAGCCAGAAAGAGGACUCUAUAUACCCACUAUAAAUAGUCAUGGUAUCCCCUAUUUUACCUGUAAGUCAAGCUGUGGACUCCAAUAAGCUAAUGGAUCCCAAAAAAAAAAGAAAGUGGAGCCACUCCAAAAAGUGCAAUAAAAAUAAUUAUAUAUUCACAAGUAUACAAAGUAUAUGAUGAAAAGCCAAUACCUCAAUAGGUCACAAGUAUAUUUUGUGAAUAAAGGGUAAGUGCCCGACUACAAGUAUAAUGCUAUUGAGAAGCAAUAAGUUGGUAUUAUGGCCUGAACUAUAGGCUCUAAUAAUGCCGAGACGAUGCAACAAUAAAAAGCCAUAUACAUGAGCCCAAAUACGAUACUGACCAGAGGAAAAAGUGCAAGUGCAAAUUGAGGAGAGUAGAGACAGCUGCGGGCUCCGGGAUAGCGUCACCCCAAAACGCGUUUCGGCACGUUCAGCCUUCGUCCGGGAGCGAGACGCUCCCGGACGAAGGCUGAACGUGACGAAACGCGCUUUGGGGUGACGCUAUCCCGGAUCCUAGAGGCGCUAUCCCGGAUCCUAGACCCCUCUUAUAUAUAUAGAGAGCAAUCCAAUCAGAUUCCACAUAUCAAUACACCUUAAACAUUAACAAUAAAGUG